AAAAAAAUAUUAAAUGUUUGUCCAGUCACCAUAGUUGGGGCGGGAUCGUCACUUUCAGCCAUCAUCUGUUUGCUCUACUUCUGCUUCUGCUUCCACUUCUAGUUCUAGUUCUAGUUCUAGUUCUUGUUCUAUUAAAAUUUAAACUUAAAAAAUAUAAAUUAAUAUAAAUAAAUAAACAAAAUAAAAUAUUUGACACUUCUGUGGUUUAAAAAUUUAAAAUGGUACAAAAAAAUAUUCUAAACAAAAGUAUGCUCAACGAAAUGCCAAAGGAGGAAACAACAAAAGUAAAACAUUCAAAGAAUUCAAUAAUGUCUGAGAUGGGACGUCUAGAAGAUUCUUUGAGAGAAACAACCCAACGUCUGGAGUUGGUUGAAAAAAAACUCCUGUCAAAGUUGUUGACAAGAGAGAGCCGAGAGAUAUUUGAACGUGAAGUCGAACUACUUCGUGAAGUUUUGGACAAAAAUAGAAAUUUAUUGCAACAAUUACGGCGUGAAAACACUCGUACAUUUAUGGUCGCUGCUCCAUUAGUGUUUGCGUGCUUUUUAAUUUACGGACUGUACUGUCUUAUUUUUAAUCCGGCAGCAUUCCUGACCUCGAAAGUUGGUGAUGUUAAUCCAUAAUUUAAAUUCCCUAGAUUAUUUAUUUUUUUAUAUUUUAGUAUUUCAUUUUAUUUAUAUAUAUAAAUUUUAUUAUUUUAUUAAAGUCUUCCGUGUACGUACCCGAUUACCUGAAAUCAAGGUCUAAAUUUUUGAGAUUGUUGUAAUAUUGCUCAAUAAUAGUUGUUAAUAAUUGUUAAUUAAUAAUUAAUGUACUUAUUAAUUAUAUUAUUAUAUUAAUAGUAUUAUUA